UUGUUCCAGCUCGUCGGUUUGACAGCUACUUCCACUCUUUACAGCUCUCUCGGAAAUCAAGCCAGCCUUGUUUCCUCCCAUCGGCUUGACGUCGACCGUCCACUCUCUCUCCAGCAUUGUUUAUAGAAGCGUGAGCAAACUGAGUCUGCCACGUUGAAACGGAAUCGAUCAUCGCCCUCGUCAGCUUAUCAACACCAAACACCACACAACCAGCCAUCAAGAUGAAGUCUGCUGCCGUUGCUGCUUUUGGCCUCUUCGCCAGCCUGGCCUCUGCCAGCCAGCCGAUCCGCCACCUGCACUUCCCCAGGUCCAACACCACCAGUGUUGCUGUUGACGAUGCUGCUCCCACGACUCUGACCGUCAUCGCCACCUCGGUCCACACCGUCAUCAGCUGUGCUCCCACUGUCACCAACUGCCCGGCUCGCCUCAACUCGACCGGCGUGGGCAGCCUGCCCGACUCGGCCGUCACUCCCGUCAUUGUCACUGACACCAUUGUCUUGGCCACCACCGUCUGCCCCGUGGCCGAGGCCUCGAGCAUCUCCUCCUCGCUCCAGGCUGCUCACUCCUCGGGCGUCAUCACCGGCUCUACCAUCAAGGGCACGCCUCCCGCUGCUGUCACUCCUCCUCCCAGCGCCGGUGCCAGUGUCACCGUCUCCGAUGUUGUUACCGAGAAGACCCUGACCUACACCAUUGGCAAGGGAGCUGAUACCUCCGUCGUCACCACCACCAUCAAGGCCACCACCCAGCAGACCAUCACGCUCACCAGCGUUGUCGGCAACGGUGGCAACGCUCAGCCCACCACCACCACCACUGCUACCAGCACUGGCACCACCACCGUCACUGUUGUCCCCGAGCAGUCUGGCUCUGGCAGCUCUGGCUCCAACACUGGUGGUGACGUCCCCCCUGCCAACGGCGAGGGCUCUUGCGCCAACGCCGCUACCGUCACCGUCACCGUUGCCAAGGAGACUGUCACUGUCCCUGCCUCGACCGUCUAUGUCACCAUUGCCCCCAGCUCUUGUGACUCUGGCUCCGCUCCCGCCGUUACUGACAAGGGUGUUGAGAACGGCUCUGGCAGCUCUGGCUCUGGCUCUGGCUCCGACUCUGGCUCCUCCGGCUCCGGCUCCGGCUCUGAGGGCUCCGGCUCUGAGGGCUCCGGCUCAGAGGGCUCUGGCUCCGAGGGCAGCGGCUCCGAUGCGGCGGCUACCACCCCCUCUGCCGUCAUCAGCACCCCCUGCCCUACUGACCUGACCACCACCGUCCGUGCCACUGUCACUGUCCAGCCCUACCCCGUCAACAACGGCACUGCCCCCACCGGCGUUGCUCGUCCCUCUGGCUUUGCCCGUCUCCGCCGAUAA